UAUAUAGACUAGAUCUUGGUACUAGAACAUUUAAUUGUUGUUAAUAAUGGAAUCUCGCUCGGCAAUAUCAUCAAGAUCAAGAAGUCCGAAAGGAUAUAGGAAUAGUCGUUCAGUUUCACGAUGUUCUAGACGCUCAGUAUCACCGUCUAGAAGUUCAUCAAAGAUUUUAGUGGAAAAAUUGACAAGAAAUGUGACAGCGGCCCAUAUUGAAGAGAUAUUUGGAUCGUACGGAGAAAUCCGAUCAGUAGAUAUGCCUAUGAACCGAAGAUUGAAUAUUAACCGAGGACUAUGUUACAUUGUUUAUGCAUCAUCAAGCAGUGCAAAUGCAGCGAUAUCUCAUAUGAAUGAGGGACAAAUCGAUGGAUCAGUGAUUACGGUAUCAAUUGUUACGCCACGACCGUCAAAUGCACGUAAAUCGUCAUUUUCGCCGGUACGACGAGGAUCUAUGGGAAUGAAGCGAUAUAGAAGGCCAUAUUCACCUCCUAGAAGGAAUAUGAGAGAUUCUAGACUAGGAGAUUCAUAUAGACCUCAUAGAAGUUCGAAAUCAUCAAGUCCAUAUUACCGACAUAAUGGGAAUUCGAAAAAUAGGUUAUCUAGUUAUAGCAGUUAUAGUAGCCGUAGUCGAAGCUAUUCUAGUGAAAGAAGUCGUUCUAGAGGACGUAGUUAUUCUCGUGGAAGGAGUUAUUCUCGAGGAAGAAGCUAUUCUAGAUCAAGAAGUAUAUCAAAUGGUAGUAAAUAAGAGGAAUUUAGACCAUAUAUUAUGGUGUAAUUUAUUAAGAUACUAA